CCGGGUGACGAAGAUGGUGCUCAUCAAGGAAUACCGUGUAGUGUUGCCAGUCUCUGUGGAAGAGUAUCAAGUAGGGCAGCUGUUCUCUGUGGCUGAGGCCAGCAAGAAUGAGACCGGAGGAGGAGAAGGCAUCGAGGUGCUGAAGAAUGAACCUUAUGAGAAGGACGGAGAGAAGGGACAAUACACACAUAAAAUAUACCAUCUAAAGAGUAAAGUCCCAGGUUAUGUGAAGAUGAUUGCACCAGAGGGAGCAUUAGUUUUUCACGAAAAGGCCUGGAACGCCUAUCCGUACUGUCGCACGAUUGUGACGAAUGAGUACAUGAAGGAUGACUUUAUGAUAAAGAUUGAGACGUGGCACAAACCUGACAUGGGAACAAUAGAAAAUGUCCACGACCUGGAUGAGCAGACAUGGAGGACUGUGGAGGUGUCUCCCAUAGAUAUUGCAAACAAAGACGAAGUGGCCCAAGGGGACUAUAAGCCAGAAGAAGAUCCUUCUCUUUUCCACUCCGUCAAAACAGGCAGAGGACCUCUCGGCCCCGAAUGGAAGAACGAGCUGAAGACAGACUGUCCUUACAUGUGUGCGUACAAACUGGUCACUGUCAAGUUCAGAUGGUGGGGUCUGCAGACCAAAGUGGAAAACUUCAUCCACAGGCAAGAAAAGCGUAUUUUCACCAACUUCCACCGCCAGCUGUUCUGCUGGAUUGACAGAUGGGUGGGUUUGACCAUGGAGGACAUCAGGCGGAUGGAAGAAGAGACCCAAAAAGAGCUUGAGGAGAUGCGUCAGAAGGGAGAUGUGCGAGGCACCUCUGCAACAGACGAGUAGAGGCCCGUGGCUGUAGGUCAAACACUAGAGGCAGGCUGACUGCGUAAUACAGGUCCGAUUCGAGGCACCAGUGCUGCUCAUGAGCAAUGAGGCAAAUCAACCAAACCCUGUCAUGAUGAUGUCAUCCGAGACACGUCCACCACGCUGAGGAAGUGGCCCCGACGUCGCCUCUUCUCUUCCUGUCUCACAUGAUUCAUUGGGGGGUUUGACACGAUUGGUUAACAGUACUGUACAGAUUCUACCCCAAUCACAAGCCUCCUGUUCACAACAGAAAAAACAUGGUUUUGCAUACAUUAUAAAAAGAAAAAAAAAACUCUUUGCACAGAACGUAAAAUUGCCUGAUAUGUAAUUGUUAGUUGAUUAUUACAAUGGGCUUUGUUUUUAUUCAGGUGUGUAAACCGUGACUCAGAAAGUCAAGCCUUUUAAAUUAAUUAGAAUGUUGUUUUUAGGUAUACAGGUUCCCACAACAAUUGGUAUAAGAUGACUUUAGCAGGUAUUGGACCAUUUAUCUCCCCUCCUUCCCUUGUAUUAUAACUGUCUGUCUCUACUUUAAUCCUCGUCUCUCCCCUCAGUACCGUCUAUAUUCUCGUCCUGGUAAAAAACGUGUCUAGAUCUCCUCCCCUCUUUGUCUCACUGUCCCCUCUGUCUGGCAGUUGGUUGGGAAUGUUUUUCUUUCCGUUUUUAAUUUUGAGGCUGAUGCCUGUUUAUGGUUCAAACAAACAAACAAACAAACAAAAUUUAUGCUCAUGCAUGAUGGAUAAUUCUCUGCUAUGGUUUUUUUCCCUGCACAUGCACACAUUUUGGACAUCUCCUCCUCCGUCACACGUGCAUGUGUACAACAGCAACUCCUCGCUAAACUGUCAUUGCAUGUGUAUAGUCCCUGCAAUGCAGCUGCGCUCAACUGGAUUGUGUUUGUUAGAGAGAGAGAGUCUGUACAAUACACCUGUUUGUUAGUGUCGUGUGCUCGUUUGUGUUAUCAGCUGCCUUCGCUCUUAAAGGACUGUCACUCUUGAGAUGGAUGAGCUUAAUAUCGAGGCGUCCGCGUGGUGUCUCGCUGCACCGCCAACCUGCUGACCUCGCCUCACGCUGCCGCUGCAUGUCCUUUCUCCUCGGCUAGGGCUUUAAACCGGAGAGCCUCCACAAGCCUCCACACUUUUUUUUCUUUUUUGUUUUAAACUAAAUGAUGAUGUGCGUCGCUGCGUGCAUGAAUCGAGGUAGUUUCUUUUUUUUUUUUUUUUAUAUCUUUCUCAAACUACCGCUUCCUCUCUCACCUGACAGAGCAGAUGGGUCCAGGCAGAUCUGUGGUGUUUGUUGUGAAUUGACGAGUUCCAUGUGUAUAGUUUUUAUUUUCAGCGUUUUUAUUUUUAUUUUUCAAAAAAAAAAAGCUUUUCAUUAACCUUUUACUCCAAGAAAGUAUAAAGUCAUUUUUUUGGAUGAAAUUGCUUUGUCAAAGGUUAAAAACAUUUAGAUCGGUGACGUAGUACGAGCCCUGACGUGAAGACAGGUGGUAUCUUUAUCCUGCUCUUUCCUGCAGCAUUGGGGUUUUUUUUUUUGGGCUGCAUUAAUUUAUCACAGCUCAAUUUCUUUACUUUGAGCAUAAUGCAGAUCCUGUCGGGCUCUAGGUGAAGUAUUUGAUGUUUUCUACGAUCAUGACGUAGCUUAGCGCAGCUGUGAUUGAGACUUUGUGUUUUCGAUCAGGUGUGAGUGUCUCUUAGGUUUUAUUAUAACCUAUAAUCUGUGUGUGCUGUAUGUUGGACAGAGAGUUAUAAGUGUACUUUAUAAUAGGCCCAUUAUAGAAAUGGACAAACUGUACAUACAAACACUGACUUGAAUGGAGCAUUCACAGCUACUAAGCGGUGUCAGGUCUAUCAUUCAGCACUGCUAACUUUAACGUUGUCAGAGCAGGUUAGUGGACAGUGUGCAGUGAGUGUAAAGUGGAGCAGACUGUCCACGUGUUGUUGCUCACACCAUGCUUUAACCAUACCUCAUCCAUGCUUAUGAAUGUACAGCUAGGAGACAGAUGUGUCAAACUAUGCAGGAUGUUUCACACCUGUACACGCAUGACAUGGAACCAUUAUAUCAUCAACACACGAGGAGAGAUUUACUAAAAAAACAACAGAUUUGGAUCUGCAUGCUCAACACUUUAUUUUUUCUUUUGUCUCUCUGUUUGAUCAGUGCUUUUGAAAAGCUCUUGAACUGCAUCAGAUAAGAAGGGAACUCCUUUUUUUUUUUUAAAAGGGGCGCCUCCCUUCAGAGUCAAACUGGAUUUCAGCAGGACCUCAGAUUACAGAUGUGGAGUGAAAAGCCUGAGUGAGUUUGAUGCUGACGGGAGUCGCCCUGUAGACUAGAUCAGGCUGUGUGAUGUACAGUGUUGUAGCAUUACCAGUGAUGCCAGCCAGGGUAUGACUGUGAGGGGACGGAUAGAAGCUUAGGGAACAGAUGGAGUCCAAAAUACUGUUUUUCUUUUUUUUUUCUUUUAUUGUAAUCAUGAAUAAGCACUUGCAAAAUCUACUGUUUUUUUUUCUCUUAUGUUUUGUUUUGUUUUUGAAAGACAAAGAUUCACAAUGUACUCAAUUUUCUCUUUCUGAUAAGGCAACAUUCAGGGGAAUUAGUAGUGAAUGUAAUACAAUUAGUUCCUUUUUUUUUCUUUUUCACAGCUUCUGUGCUGUGACAGAAGGUCUAGACAAUGGAACAUAACAGAAUAUCUAAUAAAUUUGAACAAAUAAGAGAA